AUGCCAUCAAACAAGGAAACAGGAGUGACAGUCAACGCGUACUCCGACGCGGACUACGCGAACGACCAGACCACCAGGAAGUCAAGUACAGGGAUGCUAACCAUGGUCAACGGUGCCCCCGUACAAUGGCUAGCGAAACAGCAGCCAGUCGUGGCGAAGAGCACCUGCGAAGCAGAAUACAUAGCAGCGGCCGAAGCUGCCACACUCACAACAUGGCUGCAAAAAUUGAUCACAGAAAUGGGGAUCACAAUCGCCCGCCCCACCAUGCACAUCGACAAUACCGCCGCGGUCCAAACGGCGAAUAGCACGGGGGCCACACGCCGCCGCAAGUGCAUAGAUGUCCGCUACCACUACCUCUACGACAUCGUACAAAAGGGAGAAAUCACAAUUCGCAGAAUCCCCACGACGGAGCAGUACGCCGACAUCCUAACAAAACCCCUCAAGGCAAUGCUGUACAAGCGGCACCAAACCCACAUACAGCUACGCCUACCACCCCCCUACCCCACAACAACUCGCGCCCCCCACCACUCACGUCAGGAGGAGUGUGGUUACAUCCAGAAAAACAAAAGCGACGCUCGGACGGAGUGCGCGAGACGCACAGUGCAACACAACAGUGGUUACAUCCAGACGACAGUACAGCACACCACAGUAAAUAAGACAUAG